AUGGCUCCAAAGACUAAUCGUGAGAUUCUUACCGGUGGUAAGAACUACAAGCAGAAGGCAGCUAAAAAGUUUGGUACCGAUGAGGUCACAUUCAACAAAGAUUCACGUUUGGAAUACUUGACUGGUUUCCACAAGAGAAAGCUAGAGAGACAAAAGAAGGCCAAGGAGUUUAUUCAGGAGCAGGAAAGGAAAGCUAGACUCGAGGAAAGAGCGAAAAUUAGAGCGGAAAAGAAGAAAAAGCUCGAGAAGCAGCUCGAGGAUUUCAAGCAGGCAAUGAAGGAUGUCGGUGACUAUGUGGGUGAUGAGGAUGAUAAGCAAGCUUCCGGGUCUGAAUCUGAAUCUGAAUCUGAAUCUGAGCACGACUUCAAAAAGAAGUCGAAGUCCGACUCUGGAUCUAAAACAGAAUCAGACACUGAGGUAGAGGCAGAGGAAUGGAACGGUUUUUCGGAUGACGAAACCAACGUCAAACCAAUCUUAAAAAAAUAUGUACAGAAAUACUCAGACGAAACUACUGUGGAUAUUGAACCUUUAGAACCUAAUGAUAACUUCGAAUAUCUAGCAGAACUCAAUAACGUAAAACUGGAAAAAGCGGACCAAAUCCUGGAUCAGAGUAUUGAACGUGCAAAGAAAUAUGCCAAGUUUUUAGGUGUGGAAGAGAAAACAGCAGCUAAGAGUAAAAAGAAUAAGAAGUUUAGGUACUUGACCAAGGCCGAAAGAAGACAAAAUCAAAGAAAGGCUAACAAUAAUAAACGUAGGAAAUAG